CACAACUUUAAAAAAAAAUUGGCAUACAGUUUUGGGGCAGGCGUGAAUGUUUUUUCCUCGGCUUGUUUUUCCUCGGAGUAAGCGAUCAGAGUUGACAAAAUAAAUGUGCGGUAUAGUCAGGACUCGGUGUAUCACAGUUUAGGUGGAUCUAGAUGAUGGACACGGAGAAGAGAGUUCAAUGGAGUAAUAUGGACUACACGAUCAGAUUUCACCGCUGCAUUUCACGAAUCGGUAACAUCUAAACAUUUUCUCAGACUCGCAUGACAACAGUGGCCGCUGAUUGUCCUCGUGCAGGACAGCGAGUGUCUGGUACCGAGUUUUAUUUGCUACCUUAUGAGGAGUUCGUGUUGCUCGUACCUGUUUAUAUGAGUUUUGAAUGCGUAAUGAGGUUUACAUUCGCGAGACCACUUGUUGAAAUCGCACAAAACUAAGUUAAGUCUUGUGGUCAAUAACAUUGUUUCGAAUUUACCAUAUAAUUAAGUUGACAGUUAAAUGAUUCGAACAACAGGUUAUUGUCAUUCUAGUUCAUUGAGAAUUUAGUUGUGAUAUUUUGAUGUUGGUUUGUGUCAUAUCGCUCAUUAGCUGGUUAGCUGUCACGGCUGACUGUAACUACCUGACAAAGCAAUAACAAUACAUUUACACAAAUGGUCUGCUGUAAAUAAUAACAAUAAUGGUAGACACUUAAAAUAGUUGUGUAAUCGUAAAUAAAUUAUCGUCAGUAUCUAAAGUAUUUAGCUUGUUAGCUUGAGUCGUUUGCGAACUUGAUGAUUUUCAGCCUAAAUCCAAUCGAAAUAUUUAAGCUUUUCUGUUUGGCAUUGUACUGUGUUAAACAUCUCAUUAUCGUUACAGUUAUAGCAAGUUUAAAGAGAUGGUUCGUUAAUGUCAAACAAAUCUGUCCAGCGAAUUUAAACGCUUAAAUAUUUAGCGAUGUCGAGUUUCCUGACAAACUGUUAGCAAACAGAAAAUCGACUCAUCGCACAUAUAAAAACAUUCAACGUUUUUUUGAUAAAAGCAGUUAUAAAAAAAAUAUUUAUUUUUCACAUUUGUUGAAUUCAGUCCUUUAAGUUGUUAAUGGUACUGUUUCGCCGUGUUUUCCCGCUCAUUCAUGGUGGCAAAGCCCUUGUGAUUGACACCCUCAAACCCAUCUAAAGCAUAUAGACUGCGCUCUUACACGCUUUUCAGACAUGGGGGGACAACUUAAACGCAUCUGAUUCUUAUUUCCCGACGAAUCGACGCUCGUUUCCCAGCGACGCUGAUCUCCGAACUCUGCGGCCCAGCCAUGUCUGGAUCCCCGGGCUCGAGUGGCUCCAACCCGCGGAAGUUCAGCGAGAAGAUCGCGCUGCACAACCAGAAACAGGCAGAGGAGACGCGGGCCUUCGAGCAGCUCAUGACAGACCUCACCGUCUCAAGGGUGCAGUUCCAGAAGAUUCAGCAGCUCCGUCUGUCUCAGAACCGGGCACAAUACUAUGGUGGCUCUCUGCCCAAUGUCAACCAGAUUGGCAAUGCCAGCACUGAUUUCCAGGGGACGUUUCCCUCCGGUCUGGACACAGCGAGAGGGACCAGACAUCAUGGUCUGGUGGAGAGAGUCCAUCGAGACCGCAAUCGGAUCAACUCUCCACAUCGCAGACCCAUUGACAAGCACGGACGGCAGGCUGAGAGUUCUCCAUAUGGAACAAUGUACCUUUCUCCUCCCCCAGACAACAGCUGGAGAAGGGAGCAACCACUGUGGACCGAAGAGAAACGGCCUGGAUUUAAAUUAUUAUCACAGCUUAACAGAACAAACUCUGACUCAGCUCUGCACACUAGUGCCAUGAGUCCAAACCCACAGGAUCCUUUUGGCAUGAACCAGCAGAUGGGCAGAGGGCCCCCCCAACGGAAUGCAAGCAUGAAUGAAGCAGAUGGUGAGAAUACUGGAGAUGUGUUCUCAUUUCCUGCUGUCCCUAAUGAGGAGAAUCUGCUUGGUGUGAAUAAGCCUCUGCCCAAACAGUUAUGGGAGGCCAAAAAGGUGCAGUCUCUGUCCUCCCGGCCAAAGUCAUGUGAAGUGCCUGGAAUUAAUAUAUUCCCCUCUCCAGAGCAGAACGCAGGUCUGUUUCACUACCAGGGCACGUUAAACACUGGUGGGUCUUUGCCUGAUCUCAGUAACCUGCAUUUCCCCUCUCCACUCCCCACUCCACUGGACCCCGAUGAGGCUGGAUAUCCCAACCUGAGUGGAGGCAACAGCACUGGCAACCUCCCUGCAGCCAUGAUGCACCUGGGCAUUGGAAACUCACAAGGGCUGUCAUCCUCUCUAAGCAACCCUUCCAUCCAGGUGUCCCUCAACAACUCUCAGCUGCCCUCAUCUCUCAGCAAUCCAUCCAUCCAUACGUCUCUACGUCUCUCCUCGCUGUCCAACCCCCCUCCGACGGGCAUGGCGAGUUCACCCAGGAGGCGGCCGGCCCCCAUUAGUCCUUUGACACUCUCACCAGGGGGCGAUCAGCGGCGAAGCCUGAGCAAGCAGCUCUCACCAACCAUGUCUCCCUCUCUAUCUCCAAUUACACAGGGGGUUGCCUUGGACACCAGCAACUUGCCAAUGGAGCCGCCACCACCAUACCCCCUUUAUCAGCAAACUCAGCAGCCCCUACAGCAGCAGCAACCACCACCCCAGUCCCAUCUGUCUAUGCAGCAGAGUUCCCAGCAUCCAGUAGUGCAGCAAAGACAGCCCCAAGGCAGCCAGCAGCAGCAGCAGCAACAACAACAACAACAACAGCACCAGCCUGUGUCCCCUCUGCACAAUGUCCAACUUGACUUUAAUUCCAGUGCUCACAACAACAUGGGAACAUUCUUUAAUGAUCCCUUCAUGGAAGCACAGUUCUCUGGACGUCAGUCCAAAUGUUCAUCCUAUCAGCAGGAUCAGUAUAAUAUGUUGGAGAAUGCCAUGAGCUCAGUGGCAGGUGGAUUUGACCCUUCCUCCAACCUGUACUUCUCCCAGGCGGCUCUCAUGGGCUUGAGCGGUAGCCAUGGCAACCUGCAAGACCAUCUUCAGAUGAGAUCCAACAUGCUCUACUCUAAUUGUGGAGGAGGAGUGCCCAACAUUAUACUUACAGAUGACUCCAAUCCCAACCUGUCUAAGGACAUCAGCAGUGUGUUAUCUGCAGUGCCGGAGUGUUUAGACUCGGACAGAGUUUUCCCACUGGAGGACGAACUUCGUAUUGAGCCACUCAGCUUGGAUGGACUGAGCAUGCUCAGUGACCCUGAUAUGGUCCUGCCUGACCCCUCAGUAGAGGACAGCUUUCGCAGCGACAGACUUUAAAAAAACCUCAUGCAUGUAGACGCACGUACUUACGAAGUCCACGUUCAUGAAGCAUACAGCACAGUACCUAUAGCACUCCCAUGUUCUAUACAAAUACAAAAGAUGAACAUGUCUUGAAAUGUAAUACGUUUUCUUAAAUGCCAAGCGCAUGCAUAAACACUACAUGUGGAUUUAAUGUGAAACAUCAAACUUGCAUGACUCACCCAGACGGUGUCUCUCAGUGGCCAUUCUCACUCGGCAUGUUCCAUCUGCCUCCUGAGAGACCGUUCAUCACUCAUCAGAUGUGUGAAAAGAAUCUGGGUGCUUCAAACAUGCUCUGAUCUGUGAAGAAAUAGAAACAAACAUGCAAGCUUGGACGCAUUAACCUACAGACAUGAACCUGCUGUGUAAUCUAUUAAUUGUGCAGAGUGACAAUCAGAACACUGAAGCCAUAGCAAUGCCAAACGGAUACCACCAUUCUAAGAGUAAUGGCUGGUUUGUGCCCUUGCAUUGCUAGUCUUAUUUAAAGCCAUGUAACCAAAACAAAAUGAAUGUGCUUGUUUUACACAUUUGCUUUUGGAUGUUAUCAGAAGGUCACACCAGCUUUCAAUGACACUUUCAAAAGGAUGGGAAGCCUCCCAGGACAAUCCUUUCUUUCAGGCUGUGAGUGCAGAGACAGUGCGAAGACGCCAAUAUGACAGGUUAUGGAACAGAUGGAGUUGACAGCUGGCCUAAUACCAGUCCAUAUUGAUACACCAAAUGCUAUGAUAUGAGACACCAGCAGGAUGGGCUGAGCUUUGCCCUCACCACCCUCCCCGACCUCUGUUUCAGUACCAGGGUCAGAAAAUGCUUGUUGUGAGCCACUCUGCUAAAUUGCCUGGCUCACACUACUUGAGGCAGAACAAGCAUCUCUACUCUCCUAACUCAUCUAACAGCCUCUGGUACUGCAGCCUACAGUGUAUGUUGUUGUUUAUAGCAUGAGCUUAGCUAAUUGCUUAAUAAUGCUGUGUAACAGAUACACUGGCACUUGCCAGCCUUCAGGUGAGCCAAAGGCACAUGUGUAACCAUAAGGCUGUGAUAAGUCAGUCCGUCCCAUCAGAUACCCUGAAUGUGUUCAGUCCCUUCAUUCAAAUGAAAGAAGAGGAGAAUUCAUUGAAUUACACCCUCUCCUAAGCACAGUCAUACUUACUACAAAAAGAAGAGGCAUCUAGUGGUGUAUAGAGCAUUAUUUUGAAUAUAUAUAUAUAUGCCUCAUAAUUUUCUGUCUGACGAGAAUGUAUUUUUGAAACGGAAAAAGGGCAAACCGUUUACAAAGAAUUACAUAUGCGAGUAGGCGCUGAAUUUUUUAAAUUUUGAAGAAUUAUAAAACCUUUUUAUCUUACGGAUAUUGAUCUAGUCCACAGUGAGGAAAUAAAGCAUUGGCUAUGCAGAACUUUAGCACAGGACUGUCUCAGACGACUGGAACAAUCUAGACCAUAAAAGGAACUAUUUUACUUGUAUGUUUACUAUAUCUUUGUGCUUAUUUCAGAUUUUAUACAGAGUUGUAAUGCAGCUUAAAAUGUCAGUUGUAUUUGUUAAUCUGUUUGUUUUUUCCCUUUGAACUUUUGUUGUGGACGUCUACAUUUGUGAAUGUUUCUUGCGAUGCAAUUUUUUUUUUAUGUUGUUAAGCAUGGGCCCUCUUUCUCUGCAGCUUUGAUUCUUGUCAGGAUUUUUAAAACAGUGCAGAAUUAUAAAACCAAGUCUAAUUUGUGGACAUGGAACACGUAUCAUUGUUAUUGCUUUUGUUGCAUUUUGCACUGAUCUUCUGACCAAAAUUGGUCUAGGCUUUUAAGAUGUUUUUAUUUUGGCCAAGAUGUUGUUUACAUUUAUGCAUAGUUAGUUACCUGUUUAGAAGGAUUUUGCCUUCCUGGCACAUUUUGCAUUGUGUGCCAUGUAUUUUGUGAAUGACUGGAUUUAAAUGACCAAAUAUUUUAAGAUGAAGAAUUUUUUUUUAAUGUAACUCAGGAAUGUAUUUUUUUCCCCACCAUAUCAGAAGUAGUUCUAUGCUGAGUGUCCAGUGCUGCCUCCAGACUGCCAGAUCCAAAAUGAUCUUAAAAGCACUCUUCUAUCUGUUAACUGUGUUGUUAUCUGUGUAGUUUUCUAUUCCUAAGUUUGGGUUCUAGAGUUGGUAAUGGAAAGCAAUAGCAAUGUUAUCUGUGUGCCAUGUCCACUUUUUCUUUCGCCCUUCAUCCAGGUCAUCAUAGAGAUUUGGUCAAAAGCACUUUGACUUGGUGCAUUCAGAAUGUUUCACCCCUAAUCUUAGUGACUUGCAAAACAAAUUAAUGAACCAGUGAAGAUGUUUUGAUUUUAAAUUCUACCUUUUGGAUUGUUUACUCAUUGUUCAGUGUGGUCCGAGGGAGGCAAGACAAAGGGGUGAAUGACAGAAGCAGAGAUAGAGGCUAGAUUUACAAAAACCUUUAUGCUGUGAUAAAUCUCGCCCCAACUGUAGAAAAGGUUAUCACAGGCAUUAAGAUAUGCUUGCAGCUGCAGGUUUGUUUUUUACAUUAUUUUAAGAUGUAUUGUCAGCAUCGGUUUUAACAAGAACAUGAUCUAAAGGGUUAUGAUGCAGAUGUUAGCUUUGGGUUCUAGACCAUGUUUUGCUGCAUAAUGUUUCUGCUAAAAAUGUGUGCAUCUCUUGAUACAACUAACAUCCUUUUAUCGUUUCUCAACCUGAUAUCUCUCUUUCCAGGUAACUUUGUAGUUUUUCAUGAAUAUGAACAGUGGUAUGUUUUCAGGGAUGGAGUGAAACAGUUCUCAUUAGUUCUGUUGAAAAGAAGUGGUGUGUCUUAUGGGUAUAAGAGGGCUUGUGGGAGCCCCAUACAACAGAAGAGUACCAGAGUACUGCAUACAAGAACAAGUCUGUUCCCAUCCCUCACUCUCUCCCUCUUCUAGGACUUCUCGUCUUCUGCCUUAUUCUUGCUAAUCUUUGACUACUCGUUGUCCUAUUGAGUGGAAUGUGACUUUUUUGUUAGUUUUUUUCCCCCAGGCCCUGUGUUCUUAAGGCAAAACAUUUUUGUGGCUCCUUUUUAUUAGUCUCAUAACAGAUAUUUAGAAGGAAUUAUUUUUUCUUUUUUUUAGUUUGUCUUUAUUUGUCACCUUUAAAAAAAAUGUACAGUUAUAUUAUUUAAAGAAUAUUUUCUUUUCCACGAGUGUUACUACUUUUUUUUUUUUUAUAUGCCAUAUUAAAAUCUUCAGAUAUUACAAUUUUACUACACCACAAGGUGUUUGGUUUGUGAAGUAUAUUAUAGUGCUUUCCUUUGAUUUAAUAUAAACAAAUAAAACUCUUCACUGUCUAUCAGACAUCUACAGUGAGUUUUCUCUUUUGUUCGACAUCAACUUGUUUUCUGUCGCCCAUUUUCAAGUUCACUUCAUGUCUU